AUGAAUCCUCAAGACGGACCCGCACCUAUUUACGCCGCGCCUAAUACGCCGGCGCCUUCUUUAGCGGCACCGCCCGCACAGGCGUCGACGGAGACGGAGACUUUGGCGAGUAUAAGUGUUUCGUCAAGGAUACCUGAUUUUUGGUCAGACCAACCGCGACUCUGGUUUGUCCAAUUUGAGGCCGUAGUAGAAUCGCAACGACUAGGAGAUGUAACAAAACAAAACUUAGUCGUUACCAAACUCAGCAAAUCUGCCAUACAACAAGUCAGCGACCUGCUGUUGUCACCACCACAAGAAAGACGAUAUCAGACAUUGAAGGACCGUCUAUUACAAGUGUUUGAAGAGUCUGAGACGCGGCAAUUUCAAAAGCUUUUGGGGGAAAUGGAACUGGGCACCCAAAAGCCAUCGCAACUUCUCCGUCGGAUGAGAGACUUGGCUAGAAACAAACUACCAGACUCCACGCUACAAAUAAUGUGGACCAGACACUUGCCGUCGGCAGUUCAGGCUGUUCUUGCUGUCACCGAGGUCAAGGACUUGGAGAGCUUGGCAACGGUGGCGGACAAGGUUAUGGAGGCAACCAGGCCAGAAUAUACAGAAAUAGCCGAAAUGAAAACCUCCACGCCGGGAAGCAUUCACGAAUUAUCGGAAAUGAUUAACCGACUGCAAACGGAAAUCGCUGAGUUACGCCGGUCCAGAACACCUCUACGGCAGGAAGAUUCAACCGUACGAGGGAGAAUAGGCCGAUCGGGUCAGCGCGACAACUGCGAUGUAAGUUUCCUGGUAGAAGGCGGUUUUGCAAGAGCGGGCGCCGGCUGUCGCAAGCUCAUCAGAUCGCAGCGCUUCCCCAUUGCAAGUUGCGCGCGCGCCGCCCGCGAGCGACCGCACCGCGCCGCCCAAUCUCUCCGCUUGCCAACGCCGAUCUGCGAACCACCCAGAACUUCCUGCCGACUGAUGCAACUCCUGCUGCGGUCGUUUUGCAAAUUACACACAACUAGGCCAAACUCUGUCGGAAACCAAUAA